GAGAUUACUGUGUCUAUGCGGUUUUGCGUGUGACUGGGAUCAUGCUUUGAAAAAAAAAUCACAAUUGACAAAAUUUCAAUAUUUUUCAUUCAUGAUCGCCUGUUCAUCAUGAUUCCUCGUACGGUAUUGUGCAAACGAUCUUUUAAUAUAGUGCGGCCAUGUUCUACAGCGUUACGCAUCUCACGUCCAACCAUAUGCGCAUGUCGGCAUUUUUCUGAUCAACGCGACGAUGCCAGUUCGCAUGUCCCGAAUACCCCAAAUUCAUCUAAUGCCUCGGAUGCCUCGAAUGCCCCGGUGGCCGAUAGCGAAGUGCCGUUCUGGGAAGUCGCUGUCGAAGACCCAAAGACCGAUUCGCAUGCGACGAAACGAACAUCACAGACCGAAGAUUUCAAUCUUUUGCUGCAAGAACUGUUUAAAGAUGUAUCGUCAGAUGAUGUAAAGUUCCGUUCUACACCAGGUUACGAUCCUGCGGUGGCCAAGAAGAAGAAAGCGGAUAAUCUGGUAGAAAACCAGCUAUUGCAAAUGGUCAUUCAUCACAGUCACCCUUGGAAAGCAAAACCGCAGCUCGCCUCUCAAAUCUUUUCCCCACUGACCCAUCGACCCAAGAUUUACGAACGACAAGACGACGUGCGCGAUUCUUUUCAUAAACAACAAAAAAUUGGUCAUCUCGGCAUGCAGACCCGCGAUCAAGAAAUGCGCGCCGUCGAUAGAAUCAUGGUCUGUGAAACCAGUCAGGAACUGUUGAAAGAAGUGCUGAAAGAGAUGAACACCAACGACGAUCAAACUUACCCACCUUACUAUGCCAAUAUCCUGCAAAAAGCCAUUCAUCAGGCUUCCAUGAAAUUCGGCGAUGGAUACCUGGCUUUAGCGAUCUUUGAACAAGCCAAAGCCAAAAGUGUCGAGAGCUACGUGUUUGGAUGCACCUCGGAUGUGUAUAAUGCGGUGUUAAUGACUCGAUGGAAGCUCUGGAAAGAUAUCCAAGGCAUGUUGAACGUGAUUGAAGAAAUGGUCGUUAAUGGUGUGGCGUUUAAUGACGAGACACGGCAUGUUAUACGAAUGGCCCACGAAACGGUCGAUCCGGACCACAUGCUGGAGAGUGACAUGCAAGCGGAGGGGCUUCCGUGGAACAUGGAUGAAAUCCGAUCACUGAAUAUGAUGAAACUUCUUGUAUCAAAGUGGGGUAUAAAAAGUUAAGGAAUGAUAAUAAUAAACAAAAAAAAGAGCCUUUUGUACAUAGAGCAAUCCCAUUGGUUCGGCCCCCACCUUCUUUUUUGUCUAUUGUUUGGUUCGGGAGGAUCGGAGGAAGGGGACCCACACUACAUCCAAAAAUGUAGGCAUCUUAUUAGUGGAUACUUCCUGCGGAGCCUGAAUGCUUAAGAAACUGUCAAAUCUUUGAUUCCCUUUUUUUUUUUUUUUUUUUUUUU